AUGAGCGACAAGACAUCACCUUCGGGGAGCUUCGCUUCUGCUCCUCCUCCACCUCCGAAGGAGUAUCCUCCUCUUCAACGCCUUCCUUCCCUUUCAAACACUUUGAAGCCUUUCUCGUCUGUCUCUCCUGUCCGACGAAAGCCUCUCCCUUCGAACGCCGCUCCUGUCCUCAACUCUCCCGAAAGACAGGCACGUCAACAGUCUAUUACAGAUUCCUCACCGAAUCAGAGUCAAUCGAAGGGAGUUCCACAGUCUCAGGACGUUGUGGACCAGACGGUACCGGACACCUCCUCACCAACCCAUAUCCGGAGAAAUACAGGCGAGAACAAUUUGACGACGACGAACGGGUCGUUACCCCGAAUAUCCGCCGACAACUAUACAGGUUCUCCAAAAAGCAGCCACAAGACGAAGCGGUCAAAUGGUGUCUCGGUAGAAAGCGUGAUUUUCGAGGAGGACAUGGGUCUCAAGCCUGGGUCGAGGCCACCGCCUCUACGGACCGACUCGAGUUCAUCGACGAAGUCAUUGACGGUCGUGGAUGUGAAGAAACCUCAGACCCCAGGGAGCAAGUUCACCUCAUUCUUCACGCGCAAACCCACCGCCUCUCCGGGGACCGAAUCUUCCGUCACCGAUAUUUCUGACCGAAAAUCUCCUUUGCCUUCACCAUAUGCUGGUUCGCCGCAUGGCUCCACGCACUCAUCCUCGGGAUUCCCUUUCGGCACGUCUGCUCCUCGCGCACCACAAUCUCAACCAUCCCAAGACUCGAUUGAUUUCGAUGGCGGCUCCUACAUCCAGACAUUAUCCAAUAGUGAUGAAAGGGGCAAAUAUCUUCAACUCGAAGCUGAACUCCGUGAAAUCAGCACCGAGCUAGCGAAUUCUAUCAAACGCGAGAUGGACCUAGAGGACCUAGUCGAACGACUGCAGACGGAAGGAUCCAAUGCCAACAAAGAGAUCGAUCGUACCAGCGACUAUUUCUCCGAUUCAGGGACGAGUUCCAUCCGUCCUUCCACCAGUGAAGGGAACCCUAAAGAGGAAAUCCAAAGGAUUAAGCGAGAGUCUGAACAGCUCCGAGCACAGCUGAAGGCGGAGAUGUCUCAGAAAUGGCAAAACGAAAGAUCCAGUCGACAAGCCUUGGAGUCCCACAUUCAAAUUCUAGAACAAAAGCUCUCCCAAUCUCGCCGAGAUCACAAUCAAUCUGCCGAUAUUUCUGCCAGGGCUAGGGAGCUUGAGGUGGCUUUAGAAGAUGCCAAAAGGAGAUUGACCGAAGAGAGACAGAUAAAAGAGAAUUUCGAGGAUCUGCUGACGGCCCUUCGGGUCGACCUAGAGCAGCAUCGGAACGAACGUGACAAUCUACGGGAUGAAGUCGUGCCACAACUUCGGUCACAAAUCGAGGGUCUCGAAUCAAGUCUAUCCGAAUCUCAGAAGUCACCGUAUGACUUCACACGAAUGCAACAGGAAAUUCAAAGCCUAAGGGAUGAAAAUGCUGCCCUUCAAAGUGCCAGGGCAAUGAACAUGCAAUUCCAUGCCAUUGCUGAAGAAGGCGAGAUGGUCGAGUCACCUAGGAGUUCUCUCAUUCAACCUCGAAGUGGUGGCUUGCAGAGAUCCAACACCAUCCACAUGAACCGGUCGAAUUCUAGAGCAACACCAAAUCGAUCCAAUUCCUUAUCGAGAUCCAACUCAAUGGCCAACCGUGCAAGUCCCGAAAAUCAACAAUCGCUCGCCGAUCAAUUGAAAGACGUGAUAGAACAACGAAACGCAUUGCACAUAACAGUGAAAUAUUUGCUGAGAAGACAAGAGGCUCAACGUCGACAAUUUGAGAAGCGGCUGAAAAUCGCCGAGGCUGAACGUGAUCGAGCAAAUUCUAUACAUGGCCCGAAGAAUCGAGGAUAUGAACGCGAAGUCCGAACGCUACGCUCGGAAAUCAACUUGUUACGAAAAAGGGCAGAUGACGCCCUCGAACAAAAAUGGCAAUGCGAGAAAGGCCUGUCUGGGUUGAAGAUGGAUCUUGACCGUAGCAAGCAAGAAACAGCGAGCUUGCAGCUGCUCUUGCAAGCUCGUGACGAGACCGCCCCAGAAGUUUUGUCGUCGACACUUGAGCAAGCAUUGCGCCAACUCCAGCAACAACGAGAUCAGGCUCGGCAUCAGGAAUCGCUGGGAUCGUUGGAGCAUGAACAAGAGCUGGCCACCGAGUUGGAGAUGUCUGCGCAGCGAUCUGAAGCAUUGGCUGCACAAGUCAGAAAGCAAAUACAAACGAAUUCGGACUUGAGAAAUCGACUCAGGUCUGCCGUCGAAAUAGGCGAGAGCAAUCAACAAGCUUCAGCAGAACAAAUUAAUGAACUGCAGACAAAGCUUCGCAAGCUGGAAGACGUUAUCACUGUCGCGCAGAUGCAAUCAGAAACCGCGGUCAUGAAACAUGAGGAGGAAGUUCGGGUUCUCAGAGCCAGUCACAAUAUUCAACUGAUGCGGACCAGAUCUGGCCGAAAGACUCCGGCUCUUUUGACGCCUACGCCUCGAUCUCCAUUGUCGCCCAUGUUUGUGAACUCCAAGAAGAGCCCGAAACUUGAUCAGACCACCUCUGGCCCAGGCAUGGCUCUCCAACAAGCGCUCAAGACCGAGUACUUGGAGAACAAGGUCGCAGAUUUAGAGAAGGCUCUAGCAGAAGCUGAGAAAGAGAUGGGAGAAGUUGUUGGGCGCAUGAAUACUGCUCAAAUGGGUGUGGCUGAACUUGAGUCCGAGAGAGAUGAAGCACUUCGCCAAACCCGAAGGCUUGAGGCCGCCAUUAUUGCUGAACGCGAGAAGGUACAGGCGCUUCUCGAUUACGACUAUCCUUCCGACUACUAG